CAAUGGCUGUUGACAUAAACCAAUUCAUGUGCCUUAUAACAAUAGCCUUAUAGCGACUCUCGAAAGGUCAACAAUACCCGUAAGUGCGCCCUCAGCUAUCCCUUUGGACAUGGUAUGACCCCUAGGGGAAAAUAUAAGCCGAUUUGUCCAUCGCUCUCGGCCAUUGCUCUAGAACUCGUAACCACUCUGGCCCCCCCCUAGGGGACGAAGGGCCGUCAGCAGCCCGGUGAAGCUGGUUGUGGUUAUAGCUUUUUCAGGCAUACCGCUUGUCCUUUCAGGGGGGUCCUUAAAUUUCUCAAAAUAAGAGAUUCCAAAAUAUUCUCAAUACGCUAGUGCAGAUGCCAUAACCAGCACUUACCUAAAAGAUGAUUUAGACCAAACAAUAUUUAGUGUUUAGGUGUGAUUUACCAUUAGGGCAUUAUUUGAUACUGAUUCCUUCUGCAUUACUCACCCCCUCCCCCCUCCACUCUAAAAAGCAAGAGUUCUCAGAUUAAAAUCAUGCGGUGGCUAGGAGGCUCGCGCCUUCGGGCGAAGGAUUAACAUGCAGCAGAUAAUCUUUUAAGAGAAGCCUCUAGGUGAAUAUCGCAUCGUUUAGAAGUGCAAAGCUUUUCUUGCUGCAACAACGCACGGCUGUGACUAAUUAUUACGGGGUUUAUAAAAUGUUUGUGCCAUGCGUACAGAGUGUACAGUUUUAUCGGCGCUUUGGGCAAACUAUCAGUCUUGUCUGGCGGGAGCGGGAGUCGCUAGGAGACAUCAUUAUUGAGACGCGAGAUGGAAAAGUGAAGAAGAAACCACGGCGCAUGCGCACCUGUUUUACGCCAUACCAGCUACAAGUUCUGGAAAACACGUUCUGUAAUACGCAUUAUCCGGACGUCAUGCUACGAGAACAGCUAGCGUCAUACGUGAAUCUACCGGAAGCGAGAAUACAGGUGUGGUUUAAAAACCGCCGGGCAAAACACCGAAAGAACGAUAAGGGUGGGGGCAGCCCGAGACGAGACAACACCAGCGCAUUCUCGUAUGUCGACCACCGGAAACCCACACACCUGGCUAUACCGACCUGUAUGGGAAUGUCCGUCAAUCACACUACGCCUCUACCACCGAACAGCCCCCUCAAGCCGACCACCUACGACCACAACAGAAAUAUUUCGUCUUCGUUACCGCUGUACCACACGCUACUCUCGGGCCCAUGCCCUUCUCUGCAACAGCCACAGAACAAUGGCGGAUUUUACCCGCUGAGUUACAGCCGGGACAUGCUCUUCUUUCCCCACCAGGCCCCACCCUACGACCUACACUCAGGGAAUGAGAGCAACCAAAGACUCUAUGGCGGACACGUGGACCAUUGCGGGAUCCCGCGGGCUGCGGGAUACAACUGAACGGCGCAUGUGAAAGCCUGUGUUUGAUUACGCAAUAGGCCGUAAGAGGGGCUGUGAGGGGCUUGACGUGCAAUUUGAGAACGAAAGAUAUCUUGCCUUUGCGCUUAAAUAAGUGAUCACCAAUAUCUGAAAAGCGAACCCCAACCCAGUCGUUUAGAACCAGCUUAAUGCGGAGUUAAAAUCAGGAUGGCCACGCAUACAUCGUAACAUGGGCAACGCCUCGCAUUCAUGCUAGCGCGAUAAGGCGCAAAGAAUGUUGCGUGACGGUUUUUGUCUUAUUUCGCCUUUUGUUAACGACACAGUUUUCUGUCCAUCAGAAACAGGAAUAUAAACUACUUAUACUCCAAGAGCUAAUCACAAGCAAAGGCAUCACUCAAUACCUCAACAAAGAAGCACACCAUAACACCAGAUUCAUAAGAGAAAGUAUACUAAGAAAUAUCAUUAUUCUUGUAUUUACAUUACAAAUAGAAAUGACAAACAAUUUUUGUAUAUAUGUAUCAUUACUAACGCAUGUAUAAACUUGAAUCCAUAACAAAUUAUACAAUAAAAUAUAGUAUUUGUGUGAA